AUGCCGUCGCCGUCAAGCACCACGUCCUCCGAGGAAUCGGAGAUUAUCGCAAUGAUUGAAGAAAGAAGAUUCUUGUGGGACGUGAAGGAUAAAUGUUAUCAUCGUCGCGACGUGAAGGAAAGAGCCUACAGUGACAUUGCUCAAGCGAUGGCAACCAAGUUCACGGGGGAGGCAAUCAAGAGCCGCUUCUCAAAAAUGCGCUCCCAAUUCAACAGAGAACAUAAAAAAGUGAAGUGCUCCGAAAAAUCCGGGAAAGGCACCGAGGAUGUGUACGUCCCAAGAUGGAUUCACUACAGGGAGAUGCUCUUUCUGCAGAGUGCAUGCCCCCAGCACGGCAGCGAGUCGAAUAUGGCUCCCCCAGGUGCAGAAUCAGAAUCUCCACCAGAAGAUGACGACAGCCCUUGGGGGCACCUGGAGGGCAGUGAGCCGGUCGAUCCCUUAAGUCUGGACCUGGAGGAUGAGGCCAGCAACCAAGGGAGAAGUCAGGGGACCAGCCAAAGGACCAGUCAGGGUGGCACUACCGGUAGCCCCCGUAGAUCCUGCAAUGAAGGGACGAGCACCAGAGGGGGUGAUCAUCAAAGCCGGGCCCCAAAAAGAAAGCAGCCCGAGGACUGCAUGGCCGAGAAGAAACUGCUGCUGGAAACAGCUGUGCAGACAUUUAAUAAGAGCUGCGCGGCAGCAGCAGCCAGAGACGAGUGCGACGACUUUGGCGUGUCGAUCGCCCACGCACUCCGUCAUGUGCCACAAGGCCCUCACAGGCAGAUGGCAGGCUUGCUGGCAUAUGAGGCUGUUGUAAAGUACAACCUCAACCUCAACACUAGCCCAGAAAUUGUACGGGUGGCACCUGAAUAA